AUGUUCCUUAUCAUUGUAGAUGCACACUCGAAGUGGCCUGAAGUGGAAAUAAUGCCAUCCACCACAUCGACGCAGACCAUUGACCGACUCCGAACUAUUUUUGCCCGAUAUGGAGUGCCAGCACAGGUGGUGACCGACAAUGGGCCACAAUUUACAUCCGCGGAGUUCCAACUAUUUUUGAAGACUAAUGGUAUCAAACAUAUUACCACGGCCCCAUUCCACCCUGCAACCAACGGUCAAGCGGAACGUUUUGUUCAGAGUUUCAAACAUGCUAUGAAAUGCGAGAAACAAAGUGCAUCCCAGCUGAAAACCAAUAUGGCAAAGUUCCUUUUGGCUUACCGGAAUACCCCGCAUUCGAUGACUGGAGAAUCACCGUCCGUGUUGUUUUUGGGCAGAUCGCUACGGACUCGCCUCGAUUUGGUGAAACCUGAUUUACAAAGGAAAGUGAUGAACAGGCAAAUCGAUCAAGCGGGGAGGAAAGGACAUUCCCCCACACGUCAGUUAUCCAUUGGUCAGACUGUCAUGGCACGUAACUACAGUGGGAAAGACAAGUGGCUACCAGGCAUAGUUCAAGCUCAAACGGGACCCCUUUCGUACGAGAUAAAAGUUGGUCCAAAUCGAAUUUGGCGACGUCACAUCGACCAGCUUCGAGCCUCGAGCGUGAAAGUAAAUGACCAGAGUGAUGAUACGGCUGAACCUCAUCCAGAGCUCGGAGAGACUGGCCAGAAUAUUGCACCAGCAGAAGAAAUUGUCGCAGAGCCGGAUAUCGAACUAGCCACGAAUCCACCAGUAGUGCAACAAGAAGCCGGUAGGGCUACAACAGGAUCUGAACAACGCUACCCAACUAGAUCACACCAACCACCCGAGAGGUGGGGUCUUAACUGUUUGAUCCGAAAACUGUUUAAGAAAACUACAUAG